CAAAACAGAUUUUUGUAUUCUCGGUGCUUCUGAGGUGAGGCUAGUCGAGUCUACGUGUCCCUCUUAUGCGUGUCUGAGUUAAGUCAUUUGUUUUCUAUUAACUUCCUACUUAAGCGGCUCACGGGGGAGAGGGGGGCGGGGCGCCGCCCUCCUCGAGGAGCGCUAGCAGCAGGCAUGUGAUUGGCCCAGAAAAAGUAGAGACAAAGUAGCAAUGAUCCGGGGGGAGGAGGCGGCCGGGAGAAGUUUCCUGUAGGAGUGGCCACGGCAUGGCCUUGAAGAAACGUAGAUUCCAGGCUUGGGGGACAAUCAGCACUAGGGCAGGAGGAAAACUUCGGGAAGAACGUGCUAGGUCGGGGCUGCCCAGGGAGAGGGGCCGGGCUUGACCUUCUGCGCAUGUGCACCGCGUUCCCGCUCACCCAGACAUCCUCCGGCCCCGAGGGUCACUUGUUUGGAUCCCAGGAUCCGAGAGGGUGGGGAGGAAGGCUGCACGUGUGGGGCCGCGCGCGUGCGCACUGAAAGAAGCUCCAGGCGGCUUCUCGCUCCCCACUGCGCCUGCCUUCUAGGUCCCAGCGCCCCAGGAUCCCGUAGGCCAUGUCUGCGUGGGAGUCGUACUACCGACACGAAGGAGCCGAGGAUGAGGAGGAGGAGCAGGAGGAGGGGGCCGAAACGGAAGGACAGUACAAGUACUCCGGGCGGGACAGUUUGAUUUUCUUAGUCGAUGCCUCCAAAGCCAUGUUCGAGCCGCAGGAUGAAGGCCCGAGAACGUCUUUUGAGCUCACCAUCCAGUGCAUCCAGAGCGUGUACAGCAGCAAGAUCAUCAGCAGCGACCGAGACCUCUUGGCCGUGGUCUUCUACGGGACGGACAAGGCCAAGAACUCGGUGAACUUCCGCAGCGUCUACGUCCUGCACGAGCUGGACCCGCCAGGUGCGAAAAGAAUCCUGGAACUCGACCGCUUUAAGGGAGAGCAGGGGGAGAGGAAUUUCCGGGAGCUCAUUGGCCACGGCCCGGACUACUCGCUGAGCGAGGCCCUCUGGGUCUGUGCCAACCUCUUCAGCGGGGUCCGCCUCAAGAUGAGCCACAAGCGCAUCAUGCUGUUCACCAACGAGGACCACCCCCACGCCAACGACGGCGCCAAGGCCAGCCGGGCCAGAACCAAAGCCAGCGAUCUCCGCGACACGGGUAUCUUCCUGGACCUCAUGAACCUGAAGAAGCCCGGGGGGUUCGACGUUGCCUUGUUCUACAGGGACCUCAUCACCCCGGCUGAGGGCGAGGAGGUCGGGGUUCACUUUGAAGAGUCAGGAAGGCUGGAGGACCUCCUGCGGAAGGUUCGGGCCAAGGAGACCAGGAAGCGCGCUCUGGCCAGGCUGAAGCUCAGACUGGGCAAGGACGUGGCCCUCAUGGUGAGCAUUUUCAACCUGGUCCAGAAGGCCUGCAAGCCCCUCCCCAUCCGGCUUUACCGGGAAACAAACGAGCAGGUGAAGACCAAGACGCGGACGUUCAGCGUCCAGACGGGCGGCUUGCUCCUGCCCAGCGACACCAAGAGGUCUCAGGUGUACGGAGGCCGGCCCAUCGUCAUGGAGAAGGCCGAGACGGAGGAGCUGAAGCGCUUCGACGAGCCGGGCUUGGUUCUGAUCGGCUUCAAGCCUCUCUUCCUGCUCAAGCAGCACCACUUCCUGAGGCCUUCCCUGUUCGUGUACCCGGAGGAGUCCCUCGUCCACGGAAGCACCACCCUGUUCAGUGCUUUGCUCACCAAGUGCCUGGAGAAGGGGGUGCUGGCCCUGUGCAGAUACACCCCCCACCAGAACAGCCCCCCGUGUUUCGUGGCCCUGGUGCCCCAGGAGGAGGAGCUGGACGCGCAGAGGGUUCAGGUGACGCCCCCAGGCUUCCAGCUCGUCUUCCUGCCCUACGCGGACGACAAGCGGAAGGUGCCCGCGACCGAGAAGGUGACGGCCAACCCGGAGCAGGUGGACAAGAUGAAGGCGAUCGUGCAGAGACUCCGCUUCAAGUACCGGAGCGACAGCUUCGAGAACCCCGUCCUGCAGCAGCACUUCCGGAACUUGGAGGCCCUGGCCCUGGACCUGACGGAGCCCGAGCACGCCCCGGACCUGACCUUGCCCAAAGUGGAAGCGAUGGAUCUCAGGCUGGGCAGCCUGGUGGAGGAGUUCAAGGAGCUGGUCUACCCCCCUGACUAUGACCCCCAGAGGAAGGCCGUGAAGAGGAAGCAAGGUACGGAAGGAGGAGGUCCUGGGGACAAACAGCCCAGGCUCGAGGUCUCUCAAGAGGAGCUCAAGGCCCAUGCGGAGAAGGGCACCCUGGGCAAGCUCACCGUGCCCGUCCUCAAGGAAGCCUGCCGGGUGUGCGGGCUCAAGCCCAGCAGCACCAAGAAGCAGGAGCUCUUGGGUCUGCUCCAGGAGCAUUUCCAGAAGCCCUGACGGGGAGGCCCGUUCCCUGCUCCUCAAGUUACCAAUAAAGAGAAUUGCCCCCGU